AUGACCAUUCUUGAGACAUUUAUAUCUAUUGAUCUGGCAACUGUAAAUUGAAAGAUGAACAAGAAGAGCAACACAAAACCCAGACUUUUAAAGUAUAAAAGGCCAAAAUACAAAGAUGUCAUAUUAUCAGAGAAUCGACAGACUGAAAUACCAGAAAAAGAAACAUCAAAAUAUAAAACAGUUAGAACAUUUUCUCUGUCUUUAAAGUCAGAGAAAACAGAAGACAUUUAUGAAGAUUACUAUAUAGAUUACCUUAAAGAAAGAAUAACUCGACAACAUAUAGCUGCUCUCGAACUAGCUUCGCAGAAGAAGAAAGAGACAUCAAAGAGAAAAAGGGAUCAAACACAGGCUUGUCCAAAUGUUAGGAAGGCCCGGCUUAGGUCUUUUGAAAGAACAGAACCAGAAGAUAACGAUGUGAUAAGACAUAUUAUUAGGUUAAGAGAAAAGCUUGGUUGGCAAACUGUAUUACCACAGCACAGUUUGAAAUGUGAUAGUUCCAAGAUUGCAACUCCAAAAUUUACUCUAAAGGAAACUUUGAAAGAUGAUGGCGAAUAUGUAUACUGCUGUCCUCGGAGUAAUCCUAAAGCCAUUUAUAAUCCAUACGAUCUCCAGGUAGUCUCUACCCAUAUAGCUAGACAUUGCAGAGAAUUCUGGAUUGUUACCGCUUCGUUUAUCUCCAAGGUUACUAAAAUAGGUUGUGGUACAGAAGAAGUAGAGCUUAUACCCGUUUUGGAAUGGCUAUCAGAAAGACGACUUUUCUAUUCAUUACAGCAAUUCAAUGUAUUUUCCAAUUUCCGAAUUAAUAAAGCAUUUGUUACCUGGAAAUUGAAUGUUAAAAGAAUUAGGACAGAGAAGAGCAGGUCACUUUUGCAACGCCAUCUAUUUUGGGCUAAUGAGUAUUUUCAAGCCUGUUUGUUUUAUAUAAAAGGACUUUGUGAAGAUGCAAUUAAUCUUACAAAUUAUAAUGGACAUGAAGAUAACCCAUCUGCCAUAUGCCUUGUAAAGCUGGAUAGUUCUCGAACAUAUUCUCUGGAUGAAUUUUGUGAUGAACAAUUACAGCAAGUUACUCAGGCACUGAAACAAUUUGAGAAUAUCAGAAACGAAGCAAUUUUAGAGAUAAAAAAUACAAUUUUAAAGGUUGCAGAAAAGGAAGAAAUUAAGGAGUAUUUUGAGUCAAAACUCUCUUCUGAUGACAUAGUGCAUUUCAAGUUGCCUAAAUAUCGACGUCUAUUAGAAACAAUUUUCAGAUUUCUGACACUGGUUGACUACAUAUUUCAGGAACUCAUCCGUCAACUUAUGAACAGUGCAGUCACGCUACUUUUGGAAUCAUUUAAUAAUUCUGCUGAAAUGCCAUUCUCAAUAGAAAAAAUAAAUGAAAACCUCAUCAGAACAUUCAAAGAAGACCUUUUUCCUACUGAAAAGAAAAAAAAUGAUUGUGAAGAAUUUGAAACUAAUUCAAAUUUGCAUGCUAUUUCUGUUCCAAAGUCAGAAGUAAAAACAGACACUGAGAUUAAUAAGAUUUUGAGUGGUAUUAAAGAGGGGAAGGAUUGGAGAAAAUCAUAUGCCCCAAUAUUUGAAGUAAAUCUACACUUACGAGUUCCUGAGAGUGAUUCUCCAGAAGGUUCUAAAGAGACAUGUUCCAAGGCUAACCAAUACCCUGAAAAAUGUGAGAUGUGUGAAGAUGAAAUGUCAGUAAAUGAAGAUGAUUUUGCCAAAAAUAACUCAAAUGAAGAAUUGUUCUCCAAAGCUAGGAAAUCAAAGAAAUUCCGUUACAGUAUUGAAACUAUUUUUUCAGACACAGAAAUUGUGACCGAGUUUGAGCAUAAAUACCUGUAUGAUGAAUUUUCAGAAUUCCCUACAAAUCUCUUUAUGGAGCCCAGCAGAUUAGAGUUUUCGAUAAAAAUUCAAAAUAUGGUGACUAACAUUGAACAACGUAUAACUACAAUUACUCCUCUUUGCCAAGAUUGCCGCCUGACUACCUUUACUGAUAUGGUUUCAAUUAUGGAUUUACCUAACAAGAAAGAAAGCAUAAUGAUAAACAAACAGAACAGAUGGCCAGAUUGUAAUAUCCUUUUUGAAGCAGAUCCUGACUACCAAAACAAAAUUGUCAGUCUCCUAGCUAUUAUUGGAAAUUCAAUGGGCAUAGUAAAUGUUUACAGCUACAAGUUUAUAAAGUAUUGUACCAUGGUGGAGGAGGCCAAAAUCAUGAGUAUAAAAAUGUCAUCCAUGGGAGAAUUAACUUCAACAGAGUUUAAAACUAUACUAAAUACAUUCAGAAGCUAUCUUAGACAAAUCGUGAAUAUGACUAUUGAGAAACGCAUUGGUAUUUUCAACAUCAUAAGUCUUGAUUACCAGUCAGAAUGCUUACCAUAUGUUGACAACAUAGUCCGUAUGACCAAUACCCGAUUGCUAUCUGUAAUUGACAAAAAGAAUGCAAAUCUAUUGGAAGUUAUAGAAUCAUCUUUGCAACAGUUGGAAAGUGAUCCCACUGAAAUAGAGGAAUUUGUGGAACAUUUUACUUUUUUGGAUUCUAUUUCCUCAAAAAUAAUAAAAUUAGAAAAAGAGCAUCAAACAAUUUCUCAGCUAUAUUCUGUUGCAAAGCUUUAUCAGAUCUACAUUUCAGAAGAGCAACUUGCCAUAUAUAAAAUUCUCCUUAUCAAGUUUAGUCAACUAAAAACAUCUAUGAAGCUAAGCAAAACAAAUAAAGAAGCUGUAAUAACUAAAUUCAGAGAUAAUUUGGAAGCAUAUAUCACUGGUCUACGAGUUGAUGUUAGUAAUUUAAAAGUCAAAAUAAGAACUCCUAUUCUGUUAUUGGCUGGUACUAGAGUAACAAUAGCAAAGGAAAUGAUUCGGACUCUGUCAGAGGAAGCUACAAGUUUAGCUCACAAAGCUAAAGCAUACUCAAACUGUCACGACCGUUUUGAAGAUUCCCAAUCGCAUAUGCAUUCCCUUAAUAUGGAAGAAAUUAUACAGCUUGUGCUUUCAGAGGUCUCUGACAUUGAAUGUGACUUAAGCUUAAGGAAAACACUAUGGGAAACACAAGAGGAGUGGGGAACACUCUUUUGUGAAUGGAGAAAUUGUACUCUUCAAAGUAUUGAUGUAGAAUCGGUACAGAGAUACGUUUCCAAAUGGAUGCACACAAUCUCUAUACUAGAAAAAGGUUUACCUAAAAAUGAUAUGGUAACACAUCUUAAACAAUCAGUGACCGAUUUUAAACAAGAGCUGCCUAUCAUCACAGCUCUGGGAAACCCAUGUCUCAGGCCAAGGCAUUGGGAGGCUCUUCAGGAGAUUAUUGGAAAGUCAGUUUCCCUUGAUAAAAACUGUACAGUAGAGAAUCUUCUAGCCCUCAAGAUGUUUCAGUAUGAAAAUGAAAUAAAUGACAUAUCAACCUCAGCAACUAAUGAAGCUACUCUUGAAAAAAUGUUAUUCAAGAUUAUUGAUCUGUGGAACACUACACCUUUACAUUUAGUUCCUCAUCAGACAGAGGCUUCCUCUAUACUAAUAGUUUCAUCUGUAGAUGAUGUACUAACUCAGUUAGAAGAGUCUCAAGUCAUACUUGCAACAAUUAAAGGAUCUUCCUAUAUUGGGCCCAUUAAGGAUCUUGUGCAUGAAUGGGAUCAAAACUUAACUCUCUUCUCUUAUACUCUUGAGGAAUGGAUGAAUUGUCAAAGAAAUUGGCUUUAUCUUGAGCCAAUCUUUCAAUCUUCAGAAAUACAAAGGCAGCUCCCAGCAGAAACAGCACUUUUCUCUCAUGUGAUUUCCAUGUGGAAAGAAAUAAUAUCAAAAAUACAAAACAAACUGAAUGCUUUCCAAAUAAGCACCUCUGCAGGAGUCCUUGAAAUAAUGCAAAAUUGCAAUAUACAUCUUGAACACGUAAAGAAAAAACUUGAGGACUACCUUGAAAUUAAAAGAAUGAUUUUCCCUAGAUUCUAUUUUCUUAGCAAUGCUGAACUUCUUGAUAUUCUAGCUGACAGCAAAAAUCCUGACUCAGUACAGCCUCAUCUCGUGAAAUGUUUUGAAAAUAUAAGACAAUUAUUGAUAUGGAAACAAGAAAUUGGCCCUCCUGCUGUAAAAAUGAUUAUAUCUGCUGAAGGAGAAGGUCUUGUGCUACCGAAGAAAAUUCGUGUAAGAAGUGCUGUGGAACAGUGGCUGGUAAAUGUAGAAAAAAGCAUGUUUGGUGUGCUAAAAAAACUUUUAAGUCAAGGAGUUGAAGACUGGAAAUGCCAAACGUUUUCUCAAUGGGUGGUAUCUCAUCCAGGACAAGUGGUACUCACUGUGAGCCAGAUCAUGUUUUAUAGUGAUUGUAUCCAAAGUUUUGUGAGUUCCCAAGCCAGAGAAGAGUUGGAAAAAGUCCACGCCAGUUUGAUAUGUUACCUAGAAGAGGUUGCAGAGCUGGUAGUGCUGGAUACUAGUAACUCUAGAACAAAAGCUGUGCUAGAGGGACUGCUUACCAUUUACGUUCACUGCAGAGAUACAGUGUCAAAUUUAUUACUUAAAAAUAUCUUCAGUGCAGAGGAUUUUGAGUGGACAAGACAUUUGCAAUAUAAAUGGAAUGAAAAACAGAAGUUGUGUUAUGUGUCUCAAGGAGACGCCAGCUUCACGUAUGGCUAUGAGUACCUGGGCUGUGCCCCAAGGUUGGUUAUUACGCCACUCACAGACCGAUGCUGGCUCACUCUCAUGGGAGCACUACACUUGAAUCUUGGAGGCUACCCUGCUGGUCCAGCUGGUACAGGGAAAACCGAGACAGUCAAAGAUUUAGCAAAAUCCUUGGGCAAACAUUGUGUAGUCUUCAACUGCUUUAAAGAUUUGGAUUAUAAGAUUGUGGGGAAACUAUUCUUUGGACUAGUUCAGUCGGGAGCAUGGUGUUGUUUUGAUGAAUUCAAUCUAAUCGACGUGGAAGUUCUCUCCGUCAUUGCCUCCCAGAUCCUAACAAUUAAGGCUGCAAAAGACAGCUAUUCUGUCAGGUUUGUACUGGAAGGAAAAGAAAUUCGCGUCAAUAUGUCUUGUGCAGUAUUUAUCACUAUGAAUCCUGGAUAUAGAGGUCGCGUAGAGCUUCCAGAUAACUUACAAUCUCUUUUUCGCCCGGUGGCAAUGAUGGUGCCCCAUUAUCAAAUGAUUGCUGAAAUAAUCCUAUUUUCAGUUGGUUUCAAAUCUGCAAAAUCACUCUCUGGAAAGCUAGCUAACCUUUACGGGUUAGCUGACAGACAGCUCUCACAACAGGAUCAUUAUGAUUUUGGCUUAAGAGCUCUGAAGACAGUUUUAAUAAUGGCUGGGAAGAAGAAACAAGUGUUUAAACGUGAUACCAAAGACAAUCUUUCCGAAGCAGAUGAAACUCUGAUCAUCAUUGAGGCUAUAAGAGAAGCAAGUUUACCAAAAUUUUCUCCUGAAGAUGUCCCACUUUUUGAAAAGAUUAUAGAAGACAUUUUCCCUGGACUGUCAGUUUCCAAAGUAAAUCAGCUUGCCUUAGAGAAAGUAAUAACUAUUUCAGUACAACAAUUAGGCUUACAACUUUGGCCAUCUCAGAAGGAGAAAGUUAUACAGUUUCAUAAUCAACUUCAGGCUUGUGUUGGAGUAAUGUUAGUGGGCCCAACAGGUGGAGGAAAGACAACAGUCAGAAGAAUUUUAGAAAAAGCAUUAAUAUUAUUACCAGUUGUAGACAUACUAUCAGUUGAAGAAAGGCUAUCUUUUUCAAAGAUUCCAGGAAGAAAAGGAAAAGUAGAUAUUUGUAUUUUAAAUCCCAAGUGUAUCACUCUUGGUGAACUAUAUGGAUACCUGGACCCUAAUACAAUGGAAUGGACUGAUGGGUUAUUACCAUCAACGAUUCGAAGUUAUGUGUAUUUCAACACUACAAGAUAUUCAAGGAAAGAUAUUGAUGUUGAACCAAAGUCAGGAAUCUCAGAUUUAUCUAAUGUUUUCAAACUUGAUGCCUCCGAUACAACUGAUAUGGAUGAUAAUGUUUUUGAAGAGAUAGAGAAAGAUGUUACAACUACAGAAAGUCAUAAUUUUGACUGGCAGUGGAUUGUCUUAGAUGGUCCAGUGGACACCUUAUGGGUAGAAAAUCUAAACUCUGUGCUCGAUGACACUAGAACACUCUGCCUAGCAAACAGCGAGAGAAUAGCUUUAACUAAUAAAAUAAGAGUGAUUUUUGAAGUGGACAGUCUUUCUCAGGCCAGUCCUGCUACCAUCAGCCGAUGUGCAAUGGUCUAUAUGGAUCCAGUUGAUCUGGGAUGGGAGCCUUAUGUUAAGUCAUGGCUUUCAAAAACUUCAAAAAUUAUGAAUCAGUCAGGAGUGAAUUGUCUUAGAUUCAUGAUUAAUAAAAGUGUCAAACAUGGACUACAAUUUAUAAAGAAGCAUCAGAAAUCCCAGCCAUAUCCUAUAGAGGACUUAACCAUCAUCAUAACUCUCUGCAGAAUUCUUGAUGCUUUCUUUGAAUUUAUGAGUAAUCAUGGAGGAUUUGGACAAAGUCAUGUUUUGAGUGACACUUCAACUAAGGAAACAAAAUCUUCAGAAGUUUCUGUCAAAUUCCAGAAUACAGAAAAGAGGGAUGGAAAUACAUGGUUUUUGGAGAAAAAUCCUGAUAAAUUAACAAUAAUGCUUCAAAAGCUUUUUGUGUUUGCAUUUACUUGGGCAUUUGGAGGAACUUUAAAACGUGAAGAUGAGCAUGAAAAUGAUCUGUUAUUUUGUUCAAAUUUUGAGCCUGAUUCUCUAGCAAGAGUAACCUAUGAUUUUGACAAACUUGUUCAUGAAUUAUUUGAAAACAGUUUACGAAUAAAUGUCAACCUACCAACGGGUGAGCAUUCUAUCUUUGGGUAUUUUGUGGAUUUACAGCGAUGUGAAUUUGUACCUUGGUCAGAUUUAGUUCCUAAUGUUCAGACAUUAAUUCAAAGAGGAACUUCAAUACUAACCGGUCUUCAAGAAUCUGGUGAAAACCUUUCGAAGAUAGCAGAAUGUGGAGAAUGUAUCAAUUACACUGCCACAAGAGACACAACAUGCCUUUCUUUUCUAAUGAGCCUUCUUUUAAAGAAUUUCUGCCCUGUACUUCUCAUAGGAGAGUGUGGUGUUGGGAAAACUGCUGCCAUUAACCAAAUGCUUGAAAAGUUAAAGGGCCCAGGAGCAUUUGAUAUAAAAUAUGGGUCAAUUUUAGGAGAAGUCCUAUUAUAUAAUGAAAUUAAAAAAUCAAGCCUAAAACAGAAUAUCAGCAUCUUGAUUUCUGAAACUCCUAAGGCAACUACUGGUCUGGAUAUUACUACUAAGAAGUCCAAAUAUAGAGCACAUGAAAGUUCAUUUAAAAAUUAUAGAGGAAUUAUAGUCUCUACAAUAAAUUUUAGCACUAAUAUGACAGCUGCCCAAGCCAAGGAGAUGAUACUUAAGAAGUUAGUAAGAAGAACAAGAGACACUCUUGGAGCACCAAGGAACAACAGGAUUGUAGUAUUUAUUGAUGAUAUAACUAUGCCAGUAGCAGAUAUGUACGGAGCACAUCCACCCCUGGAACUGAUCAGACAAUUAUUAGAUUUGGGAGGGGUUUAUGAUACUGCAAAAAAUGUAUGGAAGAAUAUUCAAGAUCUCUCUCUAGUUGCAGCUUGUGUUCCUCCAGUUGGUGGGAAUGAUAUUAACCCACGAACCCUCAAACAUUUUUCCACGCUGGUAUUGCCUCAUCCACCACAAAGUGCCUUACGGACUAUUUUCCAGGCUCAUUUGGGAAUGUAUUUCUCUGUCAAUAACUUUACAUCUGACGUUCAGAAAAGCAAGGAUCAGAUAACGUCUUGUUGCCUAGCUAUAUACUAUCGAGUAUGUCAGAGCAUGUUGCCAACUCCAACAAAAUGUCACUACAUGUUUAAUCUUCGAGAUUUGUAUAAGCUUCUCCUCGGACUGCUGCAAGCUGACAGGGCGAUUAUUAACUCCAAAGAGAUGGCUGCUCGGCUCUUUGUUCAUGAAGCCGCCCGAGUCUUUCAUGAUCGCUUAAUUGAACCCACUGAAGAAAGCCUUUUCUACCAGUUGCUUUCAAAGGAACUUGAGAACUAUGUUAAGAUUCAAUGGACUCAAGAAAACUUGAUGAAUGACUCAACUGUAUUUGUGGACUUCUUGGAUCUGAACAAGUCUCAUAGAAGAAAAGUCUAUCAGAAUACUAACGACUAUGAUAAACUUGCCAGUGUACUUAAUGAAUUCCAAAUCAAGCUGGGUUCAGCAUCUUUGGAGAUUUCUCAUUCCAUUGUGUUCUUCAAGGAAGCUAUACAACACAUCACAAGAGCUACGAGAGUCCUUCGACAACUAGGGAAUCACAUGUUACUGAUUUGAAUAGAUGGAUGUGGAAAAGACACUUGUGCAACCAUGGCCUGUUAUUUGGCAGAACACAAACCAUAUCAAAUGUCUAUGACUCACAAUUAUUCUUACGUAGAAUUCAAGGAAAUCUUUAAAAAGGUGUUUAUUCAAGCAGGGCUAGAAGGAAACCCUACUGUAGUGAUGGUUGGUAAUUUAAACCUAGAACAAUACUCAUUUUUGGAAGAUUUGAACUGUAUUAUCAAUUUGGGAAAAAUACCUGACUUGUUUGAAAAUGAGGAGCUGGACUCUAUUAUAAAAAAGAUAAGAAUCCUUUUUGAACAGCUGAGUCAUGUGGAUGACAGACAAUCUUUGCUUUCAUUCUUCCAAAAGAGAAUAUAUAAAAAUCUUCAUAUUUUUAUGAUCAUGAGUCCUGUGGGAUCUAACUUUCGCCAAAUUUGUAGAGUAUAUCCUUCCAUGAUUAGCUCCUGCACGAUUGAUUGGUAUGAAAAGUGGCCAGAAGAAGCUCUCCUUAUUCUAUCCAACUCUUUCUUGAGAGAAAAGGUGGAUUUAGAAAACAGAGAGAAUGUAAAAGAAAAACUUGCCCCAACAUGUGUCCAAAUCCACAAAAGUAUAAAAGACUUGAAUACAAAAUACUUUCAUGAAACUGGAAGAUACUAUUAUAUCACUCCCAGUAGCUACUUGCAAUUUAUGGAAACAUUUGCACACUUUUUGAAGUCACGAGAAGAAGAGAUGCAAACAAGGAGGGAUCGUUUUUAUACAGGUCUAUCCAAGAUCCUAGAAGCAACCAGAUUAGUUACUGAUAUGCAAGAGGAGCUCUUAAUUCUUGGCCCUCAAAUAGAACAAAAAACAAAGGAAAUAGAAAUCCUAUUGGAAAAACUACGGAAAGAUUCACAAGUAGUUGAGAAGGUUCAGAUGCUUGUUAAACAGGAUGAAGAAACUGUGGAAGAAGAAAUAAGAAUUGUGGAAGACUAUGCUCAGAAAACUGCCAAUGAACUAAAAAGUGUGCUGCCAGCUUUAGAGAAGGCCAUUAUAGGUCUAAAUGCCCUGGAUAAAGCUGAUGUUGCUGAAUUAAGAGUAUACACUCGGCCUCCCUUCCUCGUGCUGACUGUCAUGAAUGCAGUGUGUAUUCUUCUGCAAAAAAAACCUAACUGGGCAACAGCAAAGUUACUUCUUUCAGAAACUGGUUUCCUAAAAAAAUUGAUUAACCUCGACAAGGACAGCAUACCUGAUAAGGUUUUCCUGAAGCUGAAAAAAAUUUUAACUUUGCCUGAUUUCAACCCAAACAAGAUUGCUCUGGUUUCUGUUGCUUGUUGCUCAAUGUGCCAGUGGGUUAUAGCUUUGAAUAACUACCGAGAAGUACAGAAGCUGGUGGGUCCUAAACAAAUCCAAGUAGCUGAAGCUCAAGACGUCCUUAGAAUUGCACGACAGAGGUUGGCUGAAAAACAAAGAGGUUUGCAGAUGAUUGAAGAACACUUGCUGUUCUUGCAGGCAGCCUACAAAGAUGUUGUUGCUGAAAAACAGCAAUUAGCAAAUCGGAGAAAACUGGCCACCAAGCGCUUACAGUGUGCAUCUAUCUUACUAACUGUCCUGGAAGAUGAGAAGACUCGAUGGCAAGAAACAAUCAGUCAAACAGACGAAAAGCUGGAAGGAAUUUUGGGGGACAUACUUCUUUCAGCAGCAUGCAUUGUCUUCAGUGGAGUUUUGACACCAGAAUUUCGCCAGUUGAUUGUGAAAACAUGGGAGAAUAUUUGCAAUGAAAACAAGAUUUCUUUGUCUUCCAGCUUUUCUUUAAUUGAGGUCAUGACACAAGAACAUGAGAUCCGCCGAUGGCAUAAUCAGGGACUACCUCUCGGUCAGUAUUCAACAGAGAAUGCCAUCUUGAUCAAGAAUGGGCAGCAGUGGCCACUGCUCAUUGACCCACAUAAGCAAGCCCACACCUGGAUCCGUCAGAUGGAAGGAUCCAGACUGCAGGAACUCUCCGUUGUGGAUAGCAAUUACACCAAAAAAAUUGAAAAUGCUAUGAAAACAGGAGAGAGUGUCUUGUUACAGAAUCUCCCUGAAACAUUAGCUCCAGGUUUAAAGGCAAUCUUGAAGAAGGAUAUCUAUCAGAAAAGAGGACAACAUUUCAUACGAGUUGACAAUUCUGAGAUUGAAUACAAUCCCAAAUUUAGGCUGUACUUGUCUACAGAAAUGGACAACCCCCAUUUUCUUCCAUCAGUUUAUAACUUUGUCACUAUGAUCAACUUCACGAUAACAUUCCAAGGGUUGCAAGAUCAACUCUUAUCUACUGUAGUAACUCAUGAAGUUCCUCAUUUAGAAAAUCAACGUUCCCAGUUACUUGAGAGCAUCUCCCUUGAUGCUGUAACUCUUGAAGAACUGGAGGAAAAAACAUUAAAUUUACUACAGAAAACACAAGGAUGCGUAUUAGAUGAUGAGGAACUUGUAGAUAACUUAAGAAAAUCCAAAAUGACUUCCAAUGAAAUUUCAAGGCGUAUCAAAGCAACGGAAAAAGCAGAACGUAAAAUCCAAGCAACACGUAAAAAUUAUCUCCCCAUCGCUACUCGAGGCGCCCUGCUUUACUUUCUAGUGGCUGGUCUUACACAGAUCAACUACAUGUACCAGUUCUCCCUAGACUGGUUUCGUCGGGUUUUUGUUUUAUCAAUAGUUUCCAAAAGCAAAGAACAAGGACAUAGUUUGAAAAUGGAGAAAACGAUACAUCCAAAAGUUUCUAAGAUUACAAAUAUCUCAAAACCUAACUUGGAACGUGAAAAUAAUCUCUUAGACAGGCAUAUUAAAAAUAUGAUAGAUGCAUUGACAAGAAACAUUUUUAAGGUGGUUUCUUCAGCUCUAUUUAAUCGACAUAAACUUUGCUUCUCCUUUCGGCUUUGCACUGCAAUCAUGCAAAACAAUGCUAAUGAACAUUUAAUGCAAGAUGACAUUGGAUUCCUACCAGAAGAAGAAUGGAACAUCUUUUUAUAUUCUGGCAUAUUAAUAAAUAUUAAAACUUUACUACUCCACCCUAGGCUUAACAGCAUAUUUGAAAUACGUAAAAAUCAACACCUUCACUGGCUGUCAAGUUCCAAGUGGAAGCAGUGCCAAUAUGUCAGUAGUCAACUGGAACCGUUCUCACUUCUUUGUAAAUCCCUUUUAUCAAACAUCUCACAAUGGGAUACUUUUAAGAACAGUAAGGACAUCUAUUCUCUAAUCAGCACACCUUUCUGUUCAGAAAAUGCUUCAUUGGAAGAAAGAAGAAAAUCACCAGAGGAAACUGAACUUUUAAAUGAAAAUGAAGAAAUGCACAAUCCUAUAUAUUUUCCAUGGGAGAAACUUACUCCAUUUCAGAGACUUAUUUUGAUAAAAAUUCUUAGACCAGAACUUUUAAAUAAUUCAGUGAGAAAGUUUGUAACUGAAAAAAUGGGAAGAGACUAUCUCCACAGAACUGGAAUUAAUUUAAAAGAAUCGUAUGAAGAAUCCAGUGCCAGAAUUCCACUGAUACUUGUGUACUCUCGUGGGAUUGACCUGACCAAUACUGUCCUAAGAUUUGCACAGGAGUUAAAAGGAACAACGGAUGACGUGGCAAUGAUUUCUUUGGGCCGUGGCCAGGCAGCUAAAGCUGAAGAUCUCAUUGUUAAGGCACUAACCAGAACACAGCAAUGGGUCUUCCUGCAGAACUGCCACCUCGCAGCAUCAUUUAUGCCAAGGCUGUGCUCUAUUGUAGAUUCACUCAGUAAUCCAGAUGUGACAGUAGAUCCCGAGUUUAGGCUAUGGUUAAGCUCAAAAUCAGAUAGUUCUUUCCCAAUUCCUAUUCUUCAAAAGGGUUUAAAGAUUGCUGUGGAACCUCCCCAGGGAUUGAAAAGUAAUUUACUUCAGACAUUUGGAUACAGUGGGAGUGGAGAAAUAACAAAAGACAUAUUUGAAAACCCCGACUGUGGACAAUGGUGGAAAAAAAUUUUAUUCAGCCUAUGUUUUUUCAAUGCUGUGAUCAAUGAAAGAAAAAAUUAUGGAACAUUGGGCUGGAAUAUUGCUUAUAAAUUUAGUUCUUCAGACUUGGAGGUUACCAUAAAAACACUGGAAAACACCCUGAGUGGACAGUCCAAUAUUCCAUGGCAGGCACUGCGCUACCUGAUUGGGGAAGUGAUUUAUGGUGGCCAAGUCACUGAUACGUGGGAUAAGCGAUGCUUAAACACCCUUCUGUACAAAUUUUGUAAUCCUGAAGUGCUGAAAGAUGACUUUAGUUUCUCUUGUGAUGAGAUAUGUCAGCCAGUGCCAAAAUACGGGAGCAUGGAGGACUACAUACACAUUAUCCAGUCCUUACCUGACGAUGAAUCUCCCGAGGUCUUAGGGAUACAUCCUGAAGCCACAAGGAGCUGUGGGGAGACCAAAGGCCAGAAGUUAAUUGAAAGUCUCAUUGCUAUGCAACCAAAAACUACCACAGCCAGCCUCAUGACCUGUUCUGAGCAAAGUAAUGAUGAAUUGGUGAUAGAAAUUUUAUCCGACGUGCUAACACGGCUGCCACUGACAGUGGAGAAAGAAGAGUGUGCUGGAACUCCAAACACAUUUAAGUGCAUGAUGUUAAGCCCCAUUUGGAAGUCUCUUUACAGCAGUGUCAGUGGCUAUGAUCCCCUUAUCCAUUGUGUCUUACUAAUCUUUUUGAAACAAGAAAUUGAACGAUUUGAUAAGUUAUUAUCUGUCAUACAUAAAUCUUUAAAAGAUCUUCAACUUGCUAUAAAAGGAGAGAUCAUCCUCACCCCAGAAUUAGAAGAAAUAUAUGACUCUAUUCUUAAUACAAGAGUGCCUACCUUGUGGCAGAAACACGCCUACAAGUCAUGUAAGCCUCUGAGUUCCUGGGUUAAUGAUCUCAUCCAGAGACUGAAUUUCUUCAAUACCUGGGCCAAAGUGGCCUACACUGCAAUACAUCAGCGGUACAUGAGAUUUAUCACGGCUCGUAAGCAGACUAUUCCUAAUGCCACACACCCUGCAGAUCUGGAAAGCAAUUUCUUUGAAGGAUUUCCUGCAAAAUAUUGGCUCCCAGCUUUCUUCUUUCCACAAGCUUUUCUCAUUGCUGUGCUUCAAGACUAUGGAAGGGCCCAAGGAAUCUCUAUGGACACCCUCACUUUUACCCACCAUGUGAUCUCUGACACCACCGACACCGAAGACGAGCUCUCCAUAAUUAUCCAGAGAAAACUCAACAUAGUCAGGAAAGCCUUUAAGGGCUCAGACCCCUCACACACAGGAGUGCACAUUUUUGGUCUGUACAUCGAGGGAGCAAGGUGGAAUCAUGAACAAAAAAUACUGGAAGACUCACCUCUGGAGCUAUGUUGUGAUUUCCCUGACAUAUACUUUAUGCCAACAAAGGUUUCUCCUGAGGAACCAGAUGCUUCUAACAAGACAGAUACUGAACUCUAUACUUUUGAAUGCCCAAUUUACCAGACACCUGAGAGGUCAAGAAUUUUGACAACUACUGGCUCAUCCACAAGUUUGUUAACAUCCGUGUAUUUAUCAACAAAGAAACCUCCUAGUCAUUGGAUCACAAUGCAGGUUGCACUGCUGUGUGAGAAUAAUGAAUGAAAAAAUUCUGUAACAAACCAUUUUAAUGUUGGCAGAUUUACAUGUUUCAAGACACCGACACAUCGUCGACAUCCUUCAUAAAAACAUGUGUAUCCAGCCGGACUGAAUAGGUGCAGUCUCUUUCUUUCAUCUGAACGGAAAAACUUCAAUGUGCAGGGGAACCUUCCAGCUGCAUUUCAUUCUAAGCACGUGUAAGAGCUGAUGUGUAGUUAUCUCUGUAGUCGAGCCGUAGUCCAGGUCAGCCUAACCUGGAAUACAGCAUGUUUGACUCUCCUCAAAGUGAAAACCACACCACCUAGCAAAACACCAGGGCAUGUUUUCCUGAGCUCUGAUUUAAAGUGAUCUGUGAGGUUACAUACAUAAAAUAUACACAUGUAGAGCUGUUCUUUGGAACACUUCCCCCAGCUGAGCAGCAGACUUCUGAAA